GAUACUACCAUUGAUGUAACAAAAACAUUAAUCGGGUCAAGCAUCGAGAAAUCAUGAAGGUAAAAAGACACAAGUAAUCAAACAGUAUUGAAUAGACUGACGAAUGUAGAUACAGCUACAAAUGGCGGAGCAAUUUCAUCAUCAGCAACAAUUGAAAAAUCCCAAAUAUAGAAACUGGGUUAAAGCUGGUUUGGGACUAAAAUAUCUGAAGGAUGGACUGCAAAUAUUCUCAGAUGAGAAGGUAAAACAACAACACGGUGAUAUUGUAAAUGCUGUUAGGCGAAAGCACAAUUUAACAACAGUCAAUUGUGGACAAUGUAGCUUAAGGACACUUCAGCCGGACCAUGUUAGAAACAAAAAUAAACAGUGUCCUCUCGGUUGCAAAGAUUGUAACUGCCAAUAUCCGGGUGGAAAAUAUGCAUGCCCGAAUAAUGUAUGUGGCGCAAUUUAUGACCAGAUUAUUUUAAAUCAUGAUUCAAAUCCCCCAGCUCCGUUCUGGAAAAAUACCUGCGUACAGAAAUGGUGCACGGAUGAGUGGGAAGUGGCGAAGUGCUUCAUAAAUGCUCCGGGCUAUGCAUCUAAAUCCAAUGCAUCUGAAAUUGACUGUACAGGGCUACUUCAUCUGUUUAUAAAUAGCAAGUUCCUACAGACAAAAAUUGUGUGUAAAAUAACAGGUCAUGAUGUUUUCUCAAAGACCCGAUCAGCAAGGAAUGCUAUUUUCCAUUCGACGUCUAUGGAAAUGGACGAUAUUGAAUUCAUUCAGUAUAUAGAUGACAUGAUUGCUGUUCUUGAAGAUGGAAAAGAGCUUUUAAACAGACCAGAAUCUAUAGCUGCAGUUGCAAUGCUUAAUGAGCUGAAGAAUUCACGUUUUGUUAUAUCUAAUCUGAACGAAGCCGAGAUUGUACGGGAAUCUAUGGCCGUAAUUGAUUUGAAGGAAACUAAUCUAAAAGAAACUGUGGAAGCUGCAACUAAUGAAAUAUUGCUUUCGAAAACAGAUACUGUACAAUUACUCAAGUCCGCCGGUGAGGAUUUAAAUCUAAAAGCAAAGCAAAAUUUGGAUUUGAUCGAGAAAACUGGAAAUGAAGUUAUAAAUGACAUAGAACUCAACACAGAAAAAGCUAGAGAUCAGAUUAAAGCAGAAACAGAUGCUAAAACAGAGGACUGUAAAACAUCCAUAAGAUUAGCGCAGUUUGAAUCAUGCGAGGAAAUAGAUAAUGCCAAGAAAUCUGCAAUGGAGCGUAUAACAGAAACUGCAGAAACAGUUUCAAAAAAUUUGGAGACAGAGGUUACAUCAACAUCACAACGAAUUGUUGAAAUGGAAGAGCAAGUUACCAACGCAAAGAAGAAAAUUGUUGAAGUACUUCAACAUAGCAAAGUAACUUACGUGAAAAGUAAAGAGGCUUUCAGAAGACGCUUGAUAGAAAUGUAUGUUGAAAAUGUUGUAAACAUUUCACCAAUCCUUCUCCAGCCAGAACGCUGUGAUGUGCGUAUUAAUCAAGUUUAUAUUGAUCCAUUGAUAAAAAUACUUCCUAAAGAUGAAAACGAAAAAUCUGAACGCAUUCAAUCAUAUCAGCAACUAUUAAGAAAGGACGGCAAGCAGCAGAAAUCAAUUUAUCUGAUCGGAGAGGCAGGGUCCGGGAAAAGUACAUUCUGCAUAAAUAUGAUAAAUAAUUGGUGCAUAGCACAUUCUGAUAAUGAAGCAGAGGACACAAGUAAUAUACAAGAAAUGAAACAAUACCAGUUCUUAUUUUACUUACCACUGCGUCACGAGGAUACUAUCGAUCAUGUUGAGGAUAUGAUACUCUCUCAUUAUGAUGACCCAGUUAUCAAAACAAUCUUUGAACAGGAGCCAGAAGGCUGUCUUAUCCUGCUGGAUGGACUUGACGAAUGGAUACCCAAGACAGAACCAAAAACUUCUUUGUUUCAAAGUAAAGGUCUUCCUCGACGUAAUCUGAACAAAGGUUAUACUAUCAUAACAACUUCAAGACCAUGGAAGUUUGAAAGUAUUGGUUUGAAAAAUACUGAAAUUCAAAUAAAACUUCAACUAUGUGGAGUUGACAAUCAGAAAGCAAUGACAGAGAAAAUAGUAAGUGCAUUAAACGAAAUGUUUCAUACUAAGAAAAAUACAUCUGACUUUCAGAACUACUUAGCAAAGUCUAGAAUAGACGAUGAAAUGAAGUCUGUACCAAUAAUACUGCAACAGUUGAUUUGUCUCUGGUUUGACGAUAAAAUAAGUUUCAUUGGAAAAAGUGAUAUAUACAGUAAAAUGUUGGGUAUGUUUUUUGAAUGGACAGAGCUUCGCAGUGGUAAUGAGGAGGUUUUAAGAGGUUUAAGAGAUAAAUCAUCGAAUAUAGACAUUUUUGAUAUACCAGAUCAAUUGAAUUAUCAGGAACUAGGUCAAGAACUGAAAUUUGUUAUAAAAAACAUUGCCCAUUUGGCAUAUGCAACUCUGCUCACGACAAGAAAAGAAUCUUCACUUAUAUUUGACGAUUCGACAUUUAAAAACCUUAAUAUUCAUAAUGAAAUCAUUGCUUACAGUCUUAAGUGUGGCAUUAUUUCGAAACAACGUGCAGUCGGUCUUAGUUUAAGUAGGCGGCAGUAUUUAUCUUUCUCCUUUGUUCACAAGUCCAUGCAAGAGUUUUUAUGUGCUUUGUAUAUAUUCAUUGAAUUAAAACGAAGUGCUCCACACCUUUUUAAACCUUUUCUUUUGUCAACAAUAGACAAAAAAAUAACAUGUUUCAAAAAAUAUUUUGAGAACUGUAAAACGGCAAACGACAUCUUAGAACUAUCAAAUGUUUUUACGUUCCUAUGCGGCUUUGACACAUAUCUUGCUGCGCAUAUUUCGAAAUUUGUGUACAACAUUGUUGAUAAAGACGAAGUUUUUAUCCAUUAUCGAACAAAUCUUUCUUACAUACCUUUUAAACUCGGUAUCUGGUCAAUUUCCCUAACAUUCGAAUGCUUCGAAGGUCACCAGACAUACCCAUUAGACAUACAAAAUCUUUUGUUUUCUUUCAUAAAAGAAGCAAAUAUACACGAAGAAAAGCCUGGAAGGUUGUUUUUUCUUUCAGAUAUUGUGUACUUUCCUAGGUAUACUCAUGAUGUUGAACCGAUAAAAUACGUCAACCCCGCCUUUACUUUAUCUUUGAAUAUUGAUAUUUUGGGCACCCCUUUGCCCCCAGUACUUUCCGAGUUCCUUAAAGAUCCAUUUCUCGGUCCAAAAAUGUCAACAUUGAAAUUACGGAUAUCUAACAUAGAUGAUUCACAACUUAAUACAACUUUGCUUGAUAUAACAAAGAAAAGCAGUUGUUUAUUGAAAUGCCUAUCAUUCUCAGGAGAGCGAGUUAAUCCGAGGUUUCUUUCACCUACAAGGCAUUUUAACAUUAAACUAUUAAUAUCGACUCUACCAAUUAUGGACAAACUUGAAACAAUUAAACUUGAGAACAUUGGACUAACAUUUAGUGAAAUAAUGAAUCUAAGUAAGUGGCUAAGCAAUGCUAAAUACUUACGCCAAAUAUCCUUGCGUAAGAUAUCGGAUUAUCCAGAUAAAACUUUGAUGUAUGAAAACUAUCCUUGUAUUGAUUUAUCCCAGCAUCGUGAACUAAAAGUUUUAGAUCAUGACUUUCAUGCAAUAGAAAUGACCAGGUUUUGCGUUCACAAUCUUGAAACAUGUUCUUUUAACUUAAGAAGUAACUUCAUUACAAAAAGUGUAGCAACUGUAUUAAAACAAUCCAAAAAGCUAAAAUGUCUAAAUUUGACUGGAGACUGGGUUUACCUAGACAAAGAGAAAAUGACAAAAAUUAUUCAGAAUUUGCUUCCAAAUUUGAUUGAUUUAAAGCAGCUACAUUUAAAAAAUUUUUAUUUCAGUGAAAACAUUAUAAUUGUAGAUCCAAUGAAAAUGCUCAAUCUUAGAGAAAUAACGCUUGAAGAUAUUCAUAUGUGUGCAGAUUCUUGGGACCGUUUACUUGAAAGUGUGUUUCGCUUACCCCAAAAUGUAAAAAUUCACAUUGAAUUUCAAAAUAUGUUCUUCGACUUAAGGUUUUGGAACAACAUCCUACACAAGAGAAGAAGUCAACUGCUUUACUUAAAAUCAGGCUCUAGUUAUGUGACAUUUUCGAAGAAACCUGAAGGUUUAUAAUAAAGGUCAAAUGGGUGAUGUGUUCUGGCCACAAAUAUUUUUGAUUUACACAGUUUUUAAUUAUAAAGAUGCAGUGAGACUUGAUAAGAUUAAAAUCAUAUGUCCAGAUGUAAUAUCAAACCUUUAUUUUUUGGCUUCAAUUAAAUGUUUUCCACUCCGAAACUGUAAAAUCUAAUUAUUUCUAUCACAAUUGUACUGUACAGCCAUUUAAACAUACCAAUGGUAUUAAAAUUCGAAUGAAUUCAUGUUAAACAUUUGUUGUAAAUAAUAAAAAUUAUACGUAUUAUGUAAA